AUAAUUAAUUCAAAUAUUAUUAAUGAAGAAACUUUUCCUAUCUGGGAAGAUGCCUUUGAUGCCAAGUUAUUAAAUCCAACUCAAAGAAAAUACGCUCAAACGUAUUUUAAUAAAGAUAUUUUUUUAGACAGUUUAUCAGAUAAACAAAACGCAAUUCAUCAAGCAAACAUGAAAGAUUUACCUCGCCCACUUCAAAAUUCAUUUUAUUUAAACUAUAUCUACAGAACUGAAUAUCAGUUACUUUUUAAAAUUCCAGAAGAACUUUCUAACUAUUCUCUUAAAGAAAUUGAUGUCUUAAUUGAAACGGAAUUACACUUAAGUGCUGAAGAAUUAGAACCCGAAAUAAACAAAGUUGAAGCCAAAUGCUCAUUAAUUGAAACGAAACUUGAACAAAAUAAUAAUACAUUAAAAGAACUUAAUGCUGCAAAUAUUAUCAACAAGAAACAACUUGAAGAAUGCACCAAAAAUAAGAAAUCUUUAGAUCAAGAAUAUGGUCAAGAAAUUCAAAAUUUAUUCUAUUUAGUAAUUAAACAGCUUAUUUUAAAUACAGUGGUCACGCUAUAUCAUGAUGAUCUUCACGUUAUCUUAGACAUAAUGCAGACAAAUUAUAACAGAACACGCAUAUUCAGAAAGCGUGAUAUUAAAACAUCGGAGAAGGUUAACCCCCAAAGUUUUCUAUUAGAAUUCAUGGAGAACCACCAAUUUAGAAGAGAAAAUAAUACUUCAGUCCAAUUUUCUUUUGUGACUAAUGAUACACCAGUUGCUCUAUAUUUAGAAUUACCAUUUCAUGAAAUCGAAAGAUAUGAAGAAUUAUUUAGAGACCAUUUCCCUAAAGAUGCAAAAUAUGAGAUAAUUGAUUCCUACAUUCCACCAGAAGUUCAAUCGGCUCUAGAUAAUCCACACUUUAUGAACAAUCACGAGAAACUAGUAAGAAUUUACUAUGUUGUUAUCCUAACAAGUGGUCAAACACCUUUUAAACACAGAAAGCAUCAUCAUAAAGAUGUGAAAAUAGAAUUCAUGUCAUAUUUAAGUUUCUGUGGUCGCUGGCACACAACAGAUCAUAACAAAUUUAAAUGUCCACACUUUAAGAAAGUCAAUGCCCAUCCGGCAAGAGGCCAAAAGAGACAAUAAAUUUAAAAACCAAAAAAGUAUACGUUUAAAUAUAUUAUAAUAAGUGAUGCUUUGAAUAAACAAAUAAACAUACAUAUAUAUAUAUAUAUGCAUUUAAA